AUGGGGGAAAUAUUCUCUUCGGUGUGGGCUUCAGAGGGCAAUAUUGCCCGCCAGUGCGUUGAGCUCGUGCUGGUCUCCGCCAUUGGUAUACUGCUGUAUUAUGUCCCGCUGUUCUUUUUUAAGCGACAGCGGAAUUCCCGAGCCUUGGUGGUGUUAGAGCCAACUGCCAAGGCUACUGCCGCAGGCGUCGUCCUCUACUCGUGUUUUGGAAUGGCUCAGCCACAUUUUUCAGACAUUCUUCAAACUUAUCGGACAGGAACUCCCUCACCCGAUGCACUUUAUUUUCUUGCUGGUGUGGCUCUCGGCUACAGGCUCGUUUUACAAGUAAGCCACUACUUUGACGACACCGGCUUGAGUGCGACGACCACGGCGAUGGUUGCACACAGCGUGGCAGAGGGAGCGGGAUUGGGCCUUAUUGUGAGCAGCCCGGUGUUCCCUGUCAUCUUUCGUCACCAGUUGAUUCAUGGUGUCUCGGAAGGCAUGCUGAUGGCGAUGGUGGCGCUGGAACGUUACGGGCUAAAACAGACGAUGCGCUCAGCGUUACUAGGCCGUUUGGCGCAGGCGAUAGCGUAUUAUGCAACUGCCAUUUGCAUGCCGUCGGUUUCCGGGGAUGCGAUGCAAGUGGCAGAGGGCGUGGCGCUUGGGUCAAUGGCCGCAAUGGUCUGGGGAGAGCUUGCGCAACCUGCCUACAACGCCCUGGGGAGCAUAAGAACUCUCAUCAUCCUGCUCGCAACGGCAGGGGUCUGUCACCAUACACUGGUUUAG